UUCGUAUAAAGUGUGGACUUCGGCUAGUGUCAAUCACAGUUCCGCUUAGCUGGGCUUGAUGCGACGACGCAGUUUUUUACACACUCUCAAAAUAAAGUGAAUUUCGUAUUUGAAAAUGCCGUGGACAAGUGCCAACAGAAUUUAUGCGAAACCCUCGAAUUCGAGUGCAGGUGAGGCUGUGGUGGGUCCGGCCAAAGCGCGGCCGGCGCCCACCGCUGCCGCCGACUCCGGUGGCCGGUUCGAGCUCUGCGACCACGGGUACGGCAAGAGCUCCGUCAAGCUCCUCCACGUCCACCGCGAUGGCGACUACCACACCAUCCGCGAGUUCGAAGUCUCCACCGAGCUUAAACUGACCUCUGAAUCAGCUUACGUUGUAGGAGACAACAAAGAAGUAGUAGCAACAGAUUCCCAGAAGAAUACAGUGUAUCUUCUCGCGAAGAAACAUGGAGUCAAGACUCCUGAAGAGUUCGGUGCAGUUGUUGUGAACCACUUCUUGUACAUGUAUAAGCAGAUAGUGGAAGCGAAGUGUCGUGUGCUGGAGUACCCGUGGGAGAGGCUGCAGGCCGGGACGCCUCAUAAUCACGCCUUCGUGUUCUCACCUUCAGCAACACGAUGGUCUGAAGUUUCACAAAAGAGACAUGAGGCAGUCAAAGUGAAGUCAGGUUUAAGUGGUCUCAGAGUCCUGAAAACAACACAAUCCGCCUUUGUUGACUUCGUGCAGGACGAGUACACAACACUUGCAGAUGCAGCUGAAAGAAUAUUCAGUACGGUGGUAGAAGCAGAAUGGACGUACGACAGCAUGAGAGAGGCAGACUUCGAUAACGCGUGGCUUACAGUCAAGGACGCCAUUUUGGACAAAUUCGCCGGACCACCAGACACAGGCAUUUAUUCGCCUUCCGUCCAACACACCCUGUACCUGGCCGAAAAGACUGUAUUGGAGAAAGUUGCUGAGAUUACGUGGAUCAAGAUGACGAUGCCGAACAAGCAUUACCUCAACAUCGACGUAUCGAAGUUCCCCGCUAAUGUGACGAAGGGAGAUCCCCGGCAUCACAUCUACCAGCCCAUAGACAAACCAGCGGGACUCAUCUACGCGCAGCUACGGCGUAGGCCCAAGAGCCAUUUGUGACAGUAGCUCGUAGCAAUCGUAGCAGCUACGACGUAGCUUAUUGGAAAUUAUGUUUUGGAACACAUUCAAAACGGCUUAAAUAAAUAAAAUGUUGAAUUUUAUGAAUCUAGAGAAAAAAUACGAGUUUCUGAUGUAACUCGUGAUGUGAAUGUUAGAAUAAUAAUUGGUCUCAAUUUUACCUUGUUGUUAGACCGCAGGUAGACUCGCGUCUCAAACAUAUGCGAAUAUUAUCAUAGUAAUUGACGGCGGGGAUUGCGGCCCGAGUCCAUUUGGGGUUCAAGUAAAAUCUUGCUCAAAUUAUAACAUAAGAAAUUGGUUUUCAAUGUUAAAUUAAUUUGGUAUUGUAAUUUUUGUUAUAUUAGUUUUAUUUUCAUUAACAUUGCACAGUAACUGCAAUGUCUUGAUGCUUUGAUAAAGGCGUUGAAACAAAUCUGAGCGCCGUACAUGUGGCAUAUAAAAAUGAUUUGUUGUGUACACUACAAAACCGCACACAUUACCAUAUAUUACCUAAUAUGAUACAUUAUAUUCAUUACACUAUAAGUAGCUGCUUUUAAAUAAAUCAACACUAAUAGAAGUUGUCUCAUACAUGUUAGCGUUUUUCAAAUUAUUUGAAAUGAGAGUAUUUUAUUGUAUGAAGUGGACCCACUGGUGGGCGAAACUGGAGGGGGGACGGGUCGCGGCUCGAAUACAAGUUACGUGCAAUUUUGGUCAGCAAAGUCGAGUACCUAAUAUCGAUCUCAUCUGGUCGGCCACCAUUUCGCGUAAGCCUUUAUAGCUCAUACGUAAUUUGUAUUUCUCUUGUUAGCUUUAAUAACAUUUAAGAGUAUUUUGUUAUAAAUCAAAGUAUAAUAUACCUAAUACAUAACUUACG